AUGGAAGCUGAUGAGAUCACUGAGCAAGAAGAAGGCCUAGUGUUAGGGGCGGUCGGCCCUAGACGCCUGAGUGGCAGGUUUCGCCCUCGGGGCGGAUUGGGGUGGCCACCCGGAAGACAGACCCUAUAUAGACCAACGCCCCAGCUUGCUCGGGGGAUUCCUCCUCCCUGCCUGCCAUCCCCCGGGGAGGGAAUCCGGAGACGUCCGAAGCGGAACCCACCGAGAGGAGCUCGCUCGGGGUCCGGCAAUAGAACCGGACAGCUGGCGCCUGAACAGGGACCUCCGUCCCCGCCGAGCGAGAUCGUGGUCCCCAGUGGCUACCUACGAAAAACACAAGAUUGUGCACCGACGAACCGACGAAGAAGGAGACACCGUCAAAAGAGGAGGCGUCGGAAGAACCGCACGGAAAAGAAAAGGAGAAUGGAUAAGUUGAUGUUGCUCCUGGGGCUGCUUGGCAGCCUCCAGGGCAUCUGGUGUGGGGACCCGAGUUUAACACAACAUCGAAAACUGAGGUGUACUUCAUGGAUGGAUUCCCCGGACCCUACUUUCCUGCCCCCGUACCACACGUGCUGCAUAACGCCACCCUGCAGACGCAACUCCACCUGUGGAAGGCCGCCGCUGCUUUCGGAGAGGUCAUCCACAUGACGGACAAUUCCGCCCCUUUAGCGGAUAAUGCCACGAUCAACCGAGCGUGGUUUGACCGCCUCUUUAAAGAAGGAUACACAUGCACCGAACACCUUCACAAGGGACACUGCAACAACUUCACAAUUCAUACACAAACUGUCCGAAAUAUGGACAUGUUCCUCCUCUGUGAGAAUGCCACCAUAACUAACACCUCCCUUGGGCUUAACGUGACUUGCCCAAAUGGGGGGAAGCUCACCAACACACUCAUGUCCAUCAACAUAACUAAUGAGACCCGGGUGUUCGUGCUCACGACACCCCCUCUGACCUUCUUGCCGGUAGGAACGGACAAGCCUUUUGCCGACUCGGAUUUCUUUCGGGCUGUCCUGAACCGGGGUAAGAGGGGCUUUGAAGUGACUGCUGUGGACUUCAUUGGGCUAGUGGCCAGUCUGAUAGAACAAGUGGAGAUUAGCACCCUCUACAAGCGAGUAGGCCUAGUCGAAGAUAAUCUUAGGGAUUUUAUGCAGCUCACAACCAAGGCCUGGAUUGCCCAACAAGACAUUAAUAAAUUGGUGACCAUAGAAUUGUCGGCCCUUACAUCGGCCGUGCAAGCCUUAGCCACCCUCAUACAGGUUAACUCCGUGCUAGAGGGCCUCCCUUGCCAUCAUGUACUACCCAGGCCAAUGUGCAUGACGGCCGCCGUGCACAACGCAUCCAGGGAGCUGGAUGAGGCAAUCCGGACCUUGAAUGAGCAU